UAACUUUAAACUAUUUAUAGGUAAAGUCUGACUCUGACCCAUGGAAGAGUUUUAUUUUUUAAAAUUCCGAUCUAUCGUUGCGUAAUCCGUCAUCGUGACGAGUUGAACCAAACGUAGUCGUAGUCUUCGAUUCGAUUAGUAAAUAAACCGCUAUCGUCGGCGGUUAUCCGGCAACGGCAACGGCCACGCGAUCGUGAAUUUUUUCGUUAUUUUUUUUUUCGCAAAAAACGUUAAAGUGAAACAUAACCGUAUAAAUUAAUUUUAUUGGUUUUAGAACAAUUUUCCACAAAAAUUGUAGUAUCAUCGAUUUUUAUUUCAACCGGUGUAUAGACAGUUUUAGUUGUGUCUAGUGAAAUGUCAUCGCGAAGAAGAUUCGUUUUUUAAUUUAUUUCAAGAAUGUGAGUGUUGAUGAUAAAGCAGACUAUAAGGAGUUCACAGAUCGGUUUGGUUUGGUUAAUUCGAAGGAACAUAGUUAAUUUUUAACACACCUAUCACACAGGCAAUUUGGGAUACAACUAGCCCAAAACUGGUUCUCCGAACAUAUUAUAAUAUCUUUGGGUGAAUUCGUCAAUCAUGCAAGAAUACAGUUUUUGGUUUUCCAAACGAUUCCUCGUCGGAAUCUUGGCUUUCUUCGGCGAGAUGAAUAUUUUCACAUUGAGAGGUAAUCUGAACAUCGCUAUACUCGAUAUGACCAGUAGUAAAAAUAUAACCGUGAAUGGUACGACCACAACUCAAGGACCAGAAUUCGACUGGGACGAGCCGACUAAAGGAUUUAUUUUAGGAGCGUACGCUUGGGGAUCGCUAUUAUCGCCUAUAGGAGGCUACCUAGCGAUGCGAUACGGAGGCUCGACCGUUAUAAGUAUCAGCACAUUGGUCAUGUCCAUCAUGACCAUGUUUACUCCGAUGAUUCUCCACUCCAGUUACUACCUAUUCGUGGCAGCUCGACUGAUCGAAGGAGUAACCGAGUGUUUCAGAUUCGUCAGUUUUCCAGAACUGUGGACGCAAUGGUCUCCUUUACGAGAUCGAUCUAGACUGAUGGCGUUAACAUUGAGCGGUCUGUAUGCAGGACCUGCCAUAAUGUAUCCAAUUUUCGGCUACCUUACCAAGAAUUACGGUUGGCCUUCAACUUUCUACUUCUCUGGUGCCUUUUCCCUGCUAUGGACUGUGAUAUGGAUGAUUCUCGUACCCAAUACCCCCGAAGAGGAUAAAUGGAUAUCUAAAGACGAAGUGAGAUACAUAAGGCAAGAUCCGCAUAAAUCUAGACCGAAAAAUAUGGUAUCAUUGUGGAAAAAUAUAAUCCUCAGCAAAGAAGUUCAAGCUUUAGGCAUAGCCAGAAUGAUACAAGAUUUUGGCCUCGUGAUAACUGUAACAUUUCUUCCUACGCUGAUAAAAGAUCUCACUGGUAGUGACCUCGAAGAAGUCGGGGUUUUAUCAGCUAUACCCACCAUUGUUAAUAUAUUCACCGUACCCGUAGUCGGAUGGCUAUUAGAUUACUUUAGAAAUAAUGAUUGUUUAACAACCACUCAAGCUCACAAGAUAUUCGCAUGUGGAGCGUUCUUAUUCGGUGGAGGGAUUUUGCUGACUAUAUCCAACUCAUCGUACAAUUUCGUCUUCAUGAUGGUAUGCUUGUCAUUUUUCAAAGCUGCUGUAUCUGUCAUGUGGAUAAUAUGCAACAUAAAUAUCAUCGUUUUAGCACCCAAAUGUUCCAGCGCCUUGGCCAGUUAUAUAUCAUUUUUCCACAUGCUGGGCAGUGCCAUUGCUCCCUUUAUCAUCACAUUUAUAGUAACUACUCACACACCUUACGAAUGGAAUACUUGUUUUUAUACCUUCGGCAUCAUCUCGUUUUGCGGAGCUGUGAUAUUUUUCCUAUUUGGAUCCGGUGAACCACAACCGUGGUCGUUCUCAACAGAACGAACAACUCCAACCAGAGAAGAAAUCAAUGAGAAAGAAAGCUUAAAUUAUUGCUCGUCGUAAUAAUUAAUACGUGUAGAAGUAGAUUACCUAUUUGUUUUAUGUCCGUAGAUUCCCCGUCCUCCCUUUCUUGUCGUCACCAAAAAUAAAUGUUGUUUUAUUCCUUUUUA